AUGUUGCAUCUUGAUAAAAACAAUCAGCAUGCAUCUAACACUCUUUUUCCCUCUAGAGCUGUGCCAGAGAAUGUCUUCAUCGAGCAUGCCAACAAAGUGCUCAACGAUCACGGCUUCAACUCCAAGACUUCUAUCAACCUUGUCAGUCACUGCCGAGACGAACUGUGCAGACCCUUCACUGAAGCCAUCGACUCGACGUGGCAGAAGCCGAGCUUUAACAUUGCUUCUCUUGCUGGAAUGGUGUAUUGUGGACGAACAGGCUUCAGAGCUGCCAUGGCUCAUGCCCCGAACAUAGACGGAAAGGAGCGGUAUGUCAUCUGGGUAGCUUCGCACAUUGCGCUCGGGGAGGGGGAACCUGGCAUUGUCUACCGUCCUGGUCGGGAGCACGCCUCAACAGCAUGCGGAGCUCUGCUUGCCGCAUUGCGUGAGAUUCAAUCGGGAAAGCUCAACGUACAGCUCGACCCUACGGACUUGGAGAUGUCCCUGCUGAAGCAGCAAAUUGUGGGCUAUUUGCGAUACGGGCAAGUACCAUCGCUGGUGGAGCUUACGUAUGCCGUACACGAGUGCAUCCUUGCAGACGUGAAACGAACGGCUCAGCUGGCUGUGGACCGAGAUAUGUGUGAGUACGUGAUCAUCUCAGGGAUUCAAGUACAUGGAGCAUACAACAGUAACUUCUUCUGGCCAGGAACGUUC